UCUACCCUUAAUAUAGCUAUACUAAAUAUUUCAAAGAGGGACUUUCAAAUUAAAUUUAUAGAUGUAGUAUAUAGUAGAGUCAAAACUUCACAAAACCUUAUAUUUAGUAUUCUUAUUAAUUUAAACGCUCUGUAUAUAAUAUUUAACUAUAUAUUUCUUAUAAGAGCAACUAACAAAGUAAGAAAAUUGCUAGAGUAG